CCUUAAUUGCCAACUGAAUUAUUCAGCAUGUUACAACAACACCGGAGAGAUUUUCCUGCUAGGCGACACAGGAAAGAGGACAUGACAACGUUUGAAAGAUGAACAUUCAAUCAACCAUUAAAAAGAGAAGACCAACCUCCUGUUCUACUUGGAUGUCACAAGCUCAGACAGAAUUUAAAAGAGUGGCCGAAGCCAACGUAACUUUGCCCUGUCAUCAUCGCCUACACCUUCUGGAGCCAGCAAGUCUGGAUAUAGAGUGGCUGCUAAAGAAUUCUGAAGCUAAACCCAAAGUGGUAAUCACUUAUGCAGGAGGCAACAUCUAUCAUGAUAUGAUCGAAGAACAAAAGGGUCGUGUUUCAUUCGCCUCUAAUUUCCUGACUGGAGAUGCCUCUUUGGAGAUUUCUCUUCUGCAGCCAAGUGACUCUGGGCAAUAUACGUGCAAAGUUAAAAAUGCUGGACAGUAUGAAUGGACACACAUCACUCUGAAGGUCCUGGAAAAACCUUCGAAACCCAAAUGCUGGAAAGAAGGGGAAGCAUCUCAAGGAAAAGAAAUCACUUUACAGUGUAACUCCAUCUCUGGCACAGCCCCUAUUAUGUACACAUGGCAGCGUGUAGAUGCAAAGGGAAAACUUGAGCCUCUGCCACCCUUGACACACCUCAAUCUCUCUAAUCCUGCCCAAAUUAUUAUGAAGAAUCUCACAUGGAUGUUCACAGGAUCUUACCAGUGUACUGCCUCCAAUGAGGCAGGAGAGGACAACUGUGCUAUACACGUGACAGUGCAACAUCCCCCAAAUGUUGGCAUCAUUGCUGGAGCAAUCUGUGGAGUGAUGGGAGUAUCCUUGCUAGUUGUCUUGGCUGUGUGGCUAACUAUCAAAAGGAAAGAAAAAAAUAAAUAUGAAGAAGAGACUCCAAAUGAAAUCAGAGAAGAUGCAGAGGCACCCAAGGCCCGACUGGUCAAGCCUGGCUCUUCCUCUUUGGGCUCCAGAAGUUCACAUUCUGGUUCUUCCUCAACAAGAUCAACAGAAAACAGUGCCUCUCGCAGCCAGCAAACAUUGUCAACAGAAGCUACUCCACACCUAACACCAACACAACACAGCCACCUUGAGAUGAAUGGCAGGAAAAUUGAGCCAAAGAGAAGUAACUAUACCAGUUUGAUCAAAUCAGAAGCAACCCCUACACUGAUGUCUGCCCAAAGUUGAGCUUUUCAAACCAUUUGAUUACUGUUCCAUCUAUUUGGGCUCCAGCUAUAUCCAUAAAUUACAUACACCACCAGCAUUAUGCAAUUAUUUUAUUUUGCAAUGCAACAUUUGUUUUCUAUAUUCGUGCACAUACACACAAAGAACAAAAACCCUCGGUAUUUUUUUAUCUUUCUAUUUUGAGGUACAAGCAGACUUGGAAAACAGAACUCAUGUUGACCUUGUAAAAACAGUUAUUUCUAUUUUUUUAAGAUUUUGUUUUUAUUUUUGUGAUUAAGACUUGCAAGGAGAAAAGGGAAUGCUGACAAAAUGAGAAUAGCAUUUUGCAGUUUUGAACCGAUUUGCUUUUUUAAAGUAUACGGUGGAAUACAGUUAUUCCAGCAGAAUACUUAAGGGAAAAUGAAAUGCAUACAUAUACAGUUGUCUUCUCAGUUGUGACCUCGAUUUUUCACUGCUAAUGUUAAGUCUGAUCAGCUUCAAAAGCAAACUGACAGGACUUUGCAUGUGUCUUUUUUUUUUUUAAUUAUCAAUAUUUGGACACAUCACCACCAACAAAGCUGAAAACAGUAACUUUGAAAAAAAGCAAGAAGCAAUAUUAGACUUAAUUCUUUACUGGAGGGACUUUCUGUGAACAUGGAAGUGCAUUAAUUUAAGAAGGUACGUAUGACUGAAUACGGCUAAAGAAUAUAGACAUUAGCCCACUGUGACCAAGCUAAUGUAUUUGUAUGUAUGUAUAUAUUCAUAAAUAAUAAGCAAUUCCACGAAAGGGAAUUAUAUCCUAAUGGAUCAUUAGAAUGUGAGAUCAGCAUCAAAUCCUGAAUUCCAUUUACAAGUUUUUAAAAACGGUGUUUCAGAGUUUUAAAAUACUGUUCUCUAUGCUGGACAUAGUGACAUUUAUUUUUAGGAUGAGUAGUACCAAAGGGUUUUGGGGGGUGGGGAGCAUUUUUAGUCAGAACACAAUGUCAUGAUUGAGGCAAUAAUCUAGAAAAUGUGACCAUUCAGAUGGAUAUAGCGUACUCAAACUUGUAAAACUAAAUGCAAAAUUUAAAGAGGUAUAAAGAAUGGAAAUGAGCUGAAAAUGUAGAUUUCAGCAUUGGUGUUAAGAAUGCUUUCAUCUCUCUAAAGUGGAAAGUCUCAUCUAUGGACACAACUAGCAUCACCCAGCUUUAACGAUAAGAAAAUGCAAGUUGUUUGACUUCAAGUGCCAACUAGAUUGCAAUGCUGAUGAGUUUUAAACUGAUAUUAUUCCAGGGGGAUUAUUUCCAUCACAUUCUUAAACACAGCCAGCAAGAAGGAAAUAAGAGAACCACUAGACUCAUAUAUUAUAAGAGUAAUUUAUAAAUGGUGAUUUAGGAUUCAAAAGUAGGAUGUGCAUUGCUAAUAUAGGGCAGUCAGUAUUACAGAUCUUAUAAGACUGUGACAGAAAGCUAUUUUCACAAGAAAUAAGAACCAGGUUUCUAUCUAUACAACAGCUACACUUAAUUUAGAAGUCUCAGUAACAAAAUUUCUGGAGCAUCUUGAAGCACAUUCAACUAUGAUUAAAGUCAGCAUUUCAUGAAUUCCUCAGCUGAGUCUUAUAUAUGCUCACUCAGAAGUUAAGAACCAGACAUGGCAGGUUUCCUGUCUGCUUGUUUAGAAUGUUAGGAUUAUUUCACCCUCUCAACCAAGCUAGUUUAUCCCUUCAUGGACCUUAACUGAAUAUUUAAAAAAACAAUUCAGCUUACAACCUAUCAUCAAAUCCCAGAACUCAACAGGAAGAAAGUAAAAUCCAAGACAAUGAACUAUUUCAUCACUUUAUUUAUAUCAAAGCUUGGUAUAAUGCAGAAUAUCAAAUCAUGGUGAGUUAUCCCAAGCUGUUUCCACCAUCUUUUGAAUUAAAAAGCUAUUUAAGUCUUAUUUUAAAAUUGAUGCUUAGUGAAUGAGGUAUAGAAAUCAUAUAGUUAUGAGGAUUAUAGUUAUAAUCCUCAUAACUAUUAUAUAUAGUUAUGAGGAUUAUAGUUAUGAGCUGGCCACAAACAAGGAGUGUAUAUUGGAGGUGAUGACCCUUUGAGAGCUGUAUGCAACAAAAUUUCAUUUUGAUAUAUGCCGAUUGGUGUACUUUCAAAGUGACAAUAAAGUUGUUGUUAUUAUUAUUAUUAUUUGCUACAAAAUAGAGCAGACCUGUCUUAACUCUUGUGAGGGGGUUAUAGAUAGUGUAAUUUCUGAAAAAGUGGCUGGCACCAUGACAAAAUCCUCAUUGGAAAGAAUGGGGAAUCACAAAAUUUACUAUAUGGAAACAACAGGCUCUUUGAAAGAUAAAUUGACAAUACACACUGUACUGGUAUUCAUUUCCAACUCUAAUAAAACAUCCACUGCACAGGAAGUGAAAAACCAGUUUCCUUAAAUCACAUGCAAAUAUAUACCAAAUUAAAAAAUGGAUUACUCCUAAUACCAUCCCAAACAUUAGCGCAAAACUGCCUAUGCUCAACAGUAGUAAAAUGUAACAAAACCAUACAUCCUAUUCUAUAAAUACAUACAAGAACACCUUUAAAAAAUUCCUGAAGAUUCUGCCUUUUAAAUCAACAAAAAUGCACCCCAUUUGCCAAUUAAGCACAUUAUUCCAUCCCUUCAGCGUUCUUUAUGUUUAUUUUUUUCAACUCCCUGGUUUGUGUUUUCUCUUUUCCUAAAACCACCUACUCUACCCUUAUUAUAGCUACUUUAAAUUAUCCAUGUUUCAUUUACUUUCCUACCCCACUCCCUCUUAGGUCACUCAGUUUUGAAAGCUUACCCCUGCAGCAGCCUGUUUCCUUUUUCCUGAUAAAUUUAUGGCCAUCUACCUGUCUAAUCUUUUCUUUCCUUCCUGCAACUGUAUUUUAUUCAUGGGGAUACAGAAGCAUGUUGAAAGAAAGGGGAACAGUAGCAACUAGGUCUCUCAAAUGCUCAAAUGUUGAUUUUGUUGUUUUACAAGUCUUCAAAAUGUUUUCUAUUUCAAAAAAGGGAAAUCCAGGGGAGGCUUGAAAAAGGAGCUGUUAGACACUACAUUGGCAAGAGAGAUAAUAAUCAAGUUAUUUAUUAUAGAUAUACACAGAUGUUUUGAGCCUCCAGUGUAUAUUUACCAGCCAAACUCUGCAAACGAUUUGAAUUCUACUACUGAAGAGAAUAAAUGAGAUUAUAAAAUAAAUCUAAUGUAAGGGAAAUUCUCAGAUAUUAAGGAGGGAAGAAAUUAUGGUGCAAGAAAAUAUAGUAUGUCACAUCACUAGGAUUUCACUGUAAAAGGGAAUAUUUAAGCACAAUGGCUUCAAAUUCAUGAUGUUAAAUUGUAUCUCACAAGGAAACACUAUAUUAUGAACAGCCAAUUGUUAUUUUGUAAAAUAUUCUUUAAACAUUGUUACCUUGUAUGCAAUUUACUAAUGUAGUACUGUUGUAUAAAUUCCUACUCUUGUUUUUAUUCUUGAACUGGUAAAACUGAGAACAUCUUAGUCUGCCGUCAUCAAUGAUUUUUUGCUCAGAAUAAGCAAACAAAAGGAAGUAAAUAUUUAUUUUAAACUGUUCUGACUCCACAAUUUUAAGGCUUCAUUGUUUUUAAAUAAAGGCUGCCAAACUGCAA